GCAAUUGACCACAGAAAGUAGAUCUACAAAUGAAACCGAAACUAAACUUCCGUCAUUGUAAGAAAAGAUAGAAUGCCUUACGCAAUUAUCAAGUGUGAGGUAAGAUAAAUAGUGAUAAGUAGAUACCACCCCCCUCUUCCAGUGUCCCCCUCUUUCUAUCCUUCAUUUCAAUAUCAAACCGCAUUUUUGGAUACUUUUGUAUAUCUUCACUUGUUUCAUUCGCCAUUCGACAUUUGAGAGAUUGUAAAAAUGGCUCCUUCUCUUCUUGAUACCCAACCUGUAGCACCCCACCAGCUUUCCUCUCCAUCGUCCCAAAAACCUAUUGAUCGCAAAGUCUUCCCAGAUGGCAUCAAAACUUCGGGUCAACAUCCACCACUCUAUGAUCAAUUGAGACCAUACUCUGAUUUCCCCAAAGAAAUCACUGGAGAAACGGUAUGGAAGGCAGAAGAUUAUAUCAAUAACCCGGAAAGAUGGGUUCAUGUCUUCAAUGAAGAGGAAAUCGCAGAACUGAGUGCUGUAGCGGAUAAGUUCAUUGCGGAUAAAAUACCCCUGACGGGUAUUUCUCAGGACACUUUCCGCCUCUCAAAACUUUCUACUUUACUAGCAUCGAUUCGAACCGAAACGCUGAACGGAAAGGGCUUUAUCCUCUUCAAAGGAUUUCCAGUCGAGAAAUGGGGUAACCAUAAAUCUGCCGUUGCAUAUAUGGGAUUGGGAACAUAUCUUGGAUAUUUUGUCAGUCAAAAUGGUCGAGGUCAUGUUCUUGGGCACGUUAAGGAUCUUGGCGAGGAUUCAACACAGAUUGAUAAAGUUAGAAUUUAUCGAACCAACGCCAGACAAUUCUUCCACGCUGAUGACUCUGAUAUUGUCGGCCUUCUGUGCAUUGCAAGAGCGCUCGAAGGUGGAGAAUCAGAUAUCGUUUCUUCUCACCACGUCUGGAACACUUUACAGAAAGAACGCCCCGAUGUAGCAGAAACACUUACCAAACCUAUCUGGUACUUUGAUAGAAAGGGAGAGGUCAGUGUUGGUGAGGAACCAUACAUCAAGACCUCCGUCUUUUAUCUCGAGACCGGCCCCAAUGGUCGUGUGUACUCAAAAUGGGAUCCAUAUUACGUGAAGUCUCUCACUCGAUUUUCAGAUGCAGGAGUCAUUCCACCUUUGUCACCCGAACAGGUUGAGGCUGCUAAGGUUUUGGAAGAAACUUGUCAUCGAUUGAGAUUGCACAUGAUUCUUGAGAUUGGCGAUAUCCAAUUCUUGAGUAACGAGCACGUACUUCAUGCUCGUACUGAAUACAAGGAUCAUGCACCACCAGCCCCAAGGAGACAUCUUAUGAGACUAUGGCUGGCGACUCCAGAGAGUGAGGGAGGAUGGAAACUACCGUUCCAUGAUUCUAACGAGAAGAAGAGAGGUGGCAUUCAGGUCAAUGAUCAGGCCCCUGUUGCACCACUGGAUGCAGAAUAGACCUUGGGAAUUAGCAAUAUUAUUAUAGAUAGCAUAGAGUCAUCGAUGACCAAAUAAGUUACUGAACAUAUCAACGCAUAGUCUUCAAUUUGCUUCA